UCUCUUCCUGGAAUGAUUCACCAAGUUACACCGUCAAUGAAUGAGGGUCCUAUUCCACUGUGUUUGCCACACCAGGACAGAGAGGCAGCCAAAGAGGCGUGACACGAGGUACUCGGAUUUGAAUGAGUGGAACGAAUUUGCCUUGUAAAUCAAUUAAAGAUAUCCCCAACGUGAACUACGGCAACAAGUGGAAGAAAACAAAGCAGAUUGAAGGUCAACGUUCCGAAAAUACAACAAACAACCAAAUAUAUUGCACUACUGUCUCCACCGUCCACAGUUAACAGACACUUUGACACAAGAGCGAAGAGCCAGGGCUUCAUAUAAAUGGCUGACAAGCAAAUCAGUUUGCCUGCCAAAUUGAUCAAUGGGGGUGUUGCUGGUUUAAUUGGAGUCACCUGCGUGUUUCCCAUCGACUUGGCCAAGACUCGCUUGCAAAACCAACAAAAUGGAUCUCGCCUUUACACCAGCAUGUCAGACUGCCUUAUCAAGACCAUCCGGUCAGAAGGAUAUUUUGGGAUGUACAGAGGAGCGGCGGUGAACUUAACACUGGUCACGCCAGAGAAAGCCAUCAAAUUAGCUGCCAAUGACUUCUUCAGGCAUCACCUCUCCAAGGAUGGAAAGCUCACCCUGCUCAAAGAGAUGCUGGCCGGCUGCGGUGCAGGCACUUGCCAGGUUAUUGUCACCACUCCUAUGGAGAUGUUGAAAAUUCAGCUCCAAGAUGCUGGACGUAUCGCGGCUCAGAGGAAGCUGAUGCCAGAGUCAGUGCCAGCAGGCACCGUGGAACCCAAGUCGCCAACUGCAAUGCAGCUCACCAGACAAUUACUGAGGGAAAAGGGAAUCGCUGGAUUGUACAAGGGCCUUGGCGCCACAUUGCUCAGGGAUGUUCCAUUCUCCAUCAUCUACUUCCCUCUUUUUGCGAACCUGAACAACAUUGGAAAGCGAGGGAAAGAAGGACCCGCUCCGUUCUACGUAUCCUUCGUAUCGGGCUGCUUAGCGGGGAGCACUGCUGCCGUGGCGGUCAACCCGGUCGACGUGAUUAAAACAAGACUUCAGUCUUUGAACCGAGGGAGCACAGAGGACACGUACAGCGGUGUGACCGACUGCAUCAGGAAAAUCUUGCGUAAUGAGGGCCCAUCCGCAUUCCUGAAGGGGGCCUACUGUCGAGCCUUGGUGAUCGCCCCUCUCUUUGGCAUUGCCCAGGUGGUCUACUUCCUCGGCGUGGGCGAGUAUCUCCUCAGCUUCUUGCCUAAAAAGGACAAGUAGGAAGCACGUCUUUUUCUGCCUUUCCUGCCCCGAUCGCAUCACACCGCCGCCUGUGUGAGAAGUCAUCUCAUUCUUGCAGACCUUUAUGUUUGUAUUUUUAACAAUCAUGUAAAACAUUUUGUUCCAAAUUUGUCUCGAAUGUCCGAAUUAUGCAGGGCGGAGCCUCUGUUUGGUGCCUGUGUUGGCGCUAAUCAAUCUUGAUAUGAAGCCAUGAGCAUCAGUUUGGGUUUCUGAAGGAGGGUGAAUUUAUAAUUCCUAUAUAAUGCCGUUUUAUAUUUGAUUGUUGAAAUUUUCAAGUUCAAUUACUGCCCUUGGUCUCUGCAGUUUUUCAAGUUGCUCUUUAACUGAUUAUUUAAAGCAACGCUCCUCUCCAAAUCAACUAGACUAGUGAUGCAUUAAAAAUAGAAUAUUACAACUACCUUAAUCAUAAGCAGACAUAUCAAGAUUUUACUAACAAAACUAUUUAGGAUAUUUCUUAAUGCUUGUGACUCAGUGUACACUGCUGAAAUAUAUAAAGGGAACACUGGAUGAAUGAAAUAUUCCCCUGUAAAAUAUGUAUUUGGAUUACAUAGCAUCAUUCUUUGAUAACAAAUUAAUAACAGCGUUAUGAAACUCAAUCAUAGAUAAACGUUGAAAUGCAGCGAAGGUUCGUCGGGGUUCUUUUUCUGUUAUGUCUUUGGCCUCCAUGUGCUUGUAUCCGCUAUAAACAUGCACACGAGUGUCUUUGCUUUAAGUCACAUUCUGGAAGUGCUAUAUUGACCAGAGGCGUUCAGGUGUAUUUAUGCCUCUUGGUAUCUCGUCCACACUUUUGACUGCUGGUUACACAGCAUACCUUCUGGCCUUGGCGAUUUUGGACGUGUCAUCCUGGAUGAUAUUCACGCAUGAUAACACCACAUGCUUCUACUGAGGGCACCGAAAAUAUGUGAAACUGGGCAAAUGUCCCAUUUGCACAACAGCCUGGGAAACACAUUCACAAUCGUCAUUGGUCGCAGGUUGAUAUCCCUUACAAGUGACUUAAAGGUCAAGUGUCAUCCCUAUUAACAUUCUAAAAUAGAUAUUGAAAUUAAAACUACAUAUAACAUUAUUCACUUCAAUGUCCAUACGAAAAAAAUAAAUAUAAACGGACAGUGCGUCAUCCAUGCGCAAAGUCGCGGAAGUGUCAUUCGACCUCAAAGUGGUCGCCAUAUUGGCUGUAUCUCCUGUCCAUGACGUCACCCCGGACAUUCCCAUUGAAAACACGCUGUGGCCCCUAUUAUGGGACACACCCUUUCAGACACGGAAGCUCUUUUCAAAGAAGAGAACAUCUCACAGUCAAAUGAAGUGUCCGGGGCAUUAUUACCCUAUUGUUUCAAGCCAUAUUUAGAUGAUAUGCGGCUCACUUCUAACUAGCAACAGAUUCCCAGACAGUAUGUAAGCCGUGCUCGUCCAUGAGGCACGACGCGGAAGCCUUCGCCGGCGAGCCCGACGCGGCAGCCUUUGUUGGCAAGCCCGACGCGUAAGCCAUCCAACGUGCACAUCGACACAUUUAGCACCCCUGUCAUACGUACAUGGAUCUUUUGUUACGUUAUGAGAGAUGGAUUACGUUGUCGCCCCCCCCCCAAACUAUUUUUUUUUCUUUUAGUAGCUGUAUACACACUUAACUGUCAUUUGGAACCCACAAAGCUCUCGUCCUUUGCACCCGUGCAAUCAAUUUUUCACGAUGAACCGGGUAUCUUGGAAACUUAUGAAGGGUAAAUCCAUCCUCCCGAGUGUUCGUACAAUAUCCAGCAAGACAACGAGCCGGGAUUUUGGCUAACAUGAAGGAACAACGAGCUAUCUUCCUGUAGGUAAAACUAAUAGAAACAAACGAGUCCGGUUGAGCGUGCUACCGCCUUUAACGUCACUUCCUGCUUCUUGUCGAAAACAAAUCCCUCGAAAGGAUUUUCAUGGAAGGAGUUACAAAAAGCCAUGUACGUCAAAAUCAUGUUUUGUGGUGAAAAAACUGAUGGCUCCAUUCCGGCUUUUUUCAUUAAUAACAUACUAAGAAUCAUCCAUUUCAUGACACUUGACCUUUAAAGUCACAUUGGGAUAAGAAUGUGUACCCUUUAUAACUUUUUUAACAGUAUAGUUCAAGUUCAGGGCAAGUGUUGAUGUGAUACCAGCACACAUGGGAAGCCACAACCAUUAAAUCAUAAGAUUAACACUGUUUGCUUUUAUUUCAUUUUAUUUUAUUUUUAUAAGUAGUAUGUAGGCAUCCCCACAGUAACUGUACUGGUCACCUUGUUUCAAAGAUACUUCUUUGUCAUGUAGACUGUGGACAGAGUUAGCAAUGCUGUCAGAACCGCACACAGACACACAGAAUCACAGAAUCACGCUGCUUUAAGAAACUGCGCCUCAGAGCAGUGAAAAAGCAGGAGUUUAAAUGAAAGAGGCAGCCGAAGGAACUCUAAUAUCAUGAGACUAUACUGCAAAUCUUAUUGUAAACAGUACAGUCACUUAUCAUAGAGGGCAGUUUUAAAUAAUUGUUUACGGAAUAAUUCAGUGGGUGUUGAUGUAUGAAAUGUAUCUAAACUUGAAUUCACUGGCAGGGCCCAAAGAUGACAAACAUUUAGCAUGAAAUCCAAUAUCACACCAAUGUUUGUUUUGUUGACCAAACGUACUUGUGUACGCGCUUGUUUGCUUUCGCCGCCCGGGAGAGUGCACGCCCCCCCUGUUGUAUCUCAAUGCAAGCCCUGCCAUUGGUUUAUCUAACCGGAGAUCAAGGUGACUUUGAUGUCUUUUUAAUCCAAUCACAUUCCACUCUAGCGCCCACUUUGCUCUAUUGUUGUACGGUAGAUAUCAGAUGCAACGUUUUAACAUUGCUCAUCUGUGGGCGUCAGAACUAUAUAUCAAUGUUCCUUUUGAUGGGUGGUAUGGCACUGUAUGUUUUUGUGUUGUUGAUGUGUCCACCUUGACUGUGUUGUGUAUAUGCAGAUGGUAUUAAGUCUAUGCUUUAAGAUAUAUUGUUUGUUUUGUACUUCAUGGCUUAUUUGCACACCUACCUCCCCCCCACCCCUCCCUCUUAUCCAUAGCGUGGUAAUGUUGUCUUAUGAUGACGGAAUGCAGCAAGUAUCAUUUGGGCUUGCAUGCAGCAUGCCAAUAUAUGCAAUCAGGAACACAUGCUUGGAGGUGCCAGUACGACUUACAUCUGCAGGUAUCAAUGGAAAUUAUUUUUAUUAUUUAUCCAAUAACCUUGAUAUUCAUGUAAAAGUCCAUAUUCUAGUACUCUCUUUGUCCUCACUAGUAAGACAAUUUACAGCCCUAGUAGACAUCCAGGCUAGUCAUGUUUUUCCACUACUAGCGGUACAUUUGGCAUACUUCUACACAUUUAAACCGGACUUGUAAACUAUGGAAAGCUGUUUUGAGUAUUUCUUUGAUAACUUGGGAAAAAAUUCCAUAAAGAGGCCCGUAUUCAAUCCUUUUAAAAUUGAUCUGCUAUCCUUCUACAAAUACAAGUAGUUGUGUGGUCCUCAAUGGUAGGACAAAUUGGGCAUACUAGAAUGCCAAAUGCAUUUUUAUUACAUAAGCAACCGCAAGCUAUUUGAUCAUUUAUGUAAUAUCCUACUAGUACACAUGUACUACUAGUACACUCUUUAUCCGUGCUACAAAUAACAUUCUACUUGUCAACAUCUUGCACAUCAUGCUAGCGCACAAUUUUGCUUCACUAAUAUGUAUUUGUCGUUCUGGUAAUUUAAAGUUGUCCUACUACUGUGGAGAAAUGUCAAACAUAUAGCAAGCCAUUCAAGCAUUUAUUCAAUAUCCUACAAGUGCACUGAAAUGUCCGUGUACUACUACACUCUUUGUCCUCACUAUUAAGACUAGGUAGUGAUGUUUCCAUGGCUCUGACAUUUCUGCACACCAGUAGAACAACUACGACAACUACGUUACUAGUAUGGCAAAAAUGUGCAUGGAAAAGAACAAUUAGUAUAGGGGUUUAGUAUAGGCACUUUGAAUGGUGGACGGUGGGUGUUGACUGCCAUUUAACGUGAUCUUGACUGCAAUUGGUUAAUUCUGAAUACAGCCACAUCCCCAGGUUAAGAAGGUGUGCACAAUUUCGCAAACAAAUUUUUUCAGUUGUUUAUUUUUACUUCCCCUCUCAAAAAGAUUUUUCUCAUUUCUCAUCUUUUUAAAUCGAAAAACCUGGCAUUUGAACAGGGGUGUGGAAACUUUUUAUAUUUACUACAGUUGCCUCACUAGUAUACCAAAGUUUUCCUACUAAUGUUCAGAAAUUUAAUAGGGUCGUAGAAGCCAGUAGUGGGGGGGGGGGGACUACUAGAAUUAUUACUGUGCUGAAUUGUCUUAAUAGCGAGGACAAAGUGCAUAUUUAAGUACAUGGACCUUAUGCAGGAUAUCAAGGAUACUGAAUAAACGCUUAGGGGUUUCCAUAGCUCUCACGAGUCUCACUGAUGUCUAUUCAGACCAAAUGAAAAAUCAUAUAAUGACCAUAGUCCUCUAAUAAUCUCCAAGACAAUAGCCUUUACCCCGACAGAAAUGAAGUGUUCCCUUGAUGAGGUCACUGAAGACCUGCUGACUUGAGACUGUAAAUGUAACGUCAGUCUUUUAGACUAGACUUAGACCAGAUUGAAUACUGACUUAGCAAAGGUGUCAAUUUUAAUCUUGUUGGAUUUUAGUGCGGCUUUUGAUACCGUAGAUCACAAUACAUUGCUAAACAGGUUGGAAACGUGGGUAGGACGAAAUGGAACGGUCCUUCAAUGGUUCAGGUCCUAUCUGGAGGAAAGGAGCUACUUUGUAAUCACUGGAGGUGCUCAACCUCAACAAAUGGCAAUGACAUUUGGGGUCCCUCAAGGGUCAUUUCUUGGAUCCCUCCUGUUUAGCCAGUAAGGAGAAAAGGAUUGCUGUUUGUAAAUACCUGGACUCACUAGCUUUAAAAAGCAAAAACCAAGUCCCAACAUUUGGUGUUCUGAUAGAUUCUGAGCUGACUUUGAACAGGCUUAUCAAAUCAAUUACUAAAAUUCCCUUUCACCAUCUGAAGAACAUAUCUACAGAGAAGGUUUACAUAUUUCAAACAUACCAGGAAAAGCUCAUCCAUGCUUUUACCUAAAGUAGACUUGACUACUGUAAUAGUCUUCUGACUGGACUCCUCCAAAAAAGCAUUUAAACAGGUGCAGCUCAUUCAGAAUGCUGCAGAUUUUAAAGUUCUGCUACUGGUCUAUAAAUGGUUUAGAUCCUGAAUACAUGAAAGAAAUGCUAAUGGGAUACAAACCCAGUCUGGCUCUGAGAUCGACUGAUUUAAGUCUAAUAAUGGAGUGCAGAGUCCCAAGCAAACAUAGUGAAGCAGCAUUUAACUAUAAUGCUGCUUCUGCUGCUGCUGCAAAAAAAAGGAAUAAAUUGCCAACAGAAGUGACGUCAACCCUAAAUUUGAGUGUUUUCAAAUCCAGAUUAAAAACGCUUCUUUUUUCUCAUAUGUUUUAGAGUACUUCCACUUUUCAGUAAUAUUUCUUCCACUUAAAGCUGCUUCAAUUGUACUUUUUCAAAUAUUUUAUUAAUGUAUUUGAAUGCUUUUAAUCAUGUGAAGCGCAUUGUAUGUACUUUGUGUAUGGAAUGCGCUAUCGAAAUAUAUUUGCGUUGCUCUACUUUGCUUUUCCUUGCUUUGGCGCUCCAUCCAUUGGGUGCCCGUGCUAUGAUACGAUACCGCUAACGAUAGCAAACGAAUCGCACGCGAGGCAGUUGUGGCCAGUCUUAAAGCAAAAGCCAUAAGGUCGCCUGGCACCUCCGGCCCUAAUGAGUGUAACAGCUGAGCCACGAGGAAAAAUAGCUCGCGUAGGCUCAUUUCCAUAAACGACUUUUACGCUGCUCUCAACAUUCCAAAUACCGUUUUCAUCUCAUAUUUGCAGUUCUUGUGAUUAUGCCUAUUUUGCUUUGAGUGUCUCAAUAUUUGUAUUUUUUUUGCCCAAUUUGAUAUUAUUUUAGCUUUGACAAUGUUGUGUAAUUCAUGGAGCUUUACUUCCGGCAUAAAUUAUUGCUGACCUUGUGAAUUUGGUUACGUGAGUGUGUGCGUGUGUCCAGACCGUGUACUGUAUGCAGUGUUGUAGCCGAUGUGUAGUGGUUCUCGUCUGCUUCUGUCUGUUUGCUGCACUUUGGUGACAUCUCUCUCCCCCCAUGCAGAGGAUUUGUACCACACCAAAUGUACGAUGAAUUUUAGUGUUUCGAAAGAAAGCACAAUGGAUGAUUAAGGCACAAAAAAUUGCUAAUUGACAAUUACAAAGGGUGUGCAGACACUUCGAUUCCAAUGUUAACUGGAUUUAAAUUCAUUUUAAGUGAUUUUUUUGUUUUUAAUUUUGGGAUUGAGUCAGCAUAAAGAGACUCGUGUUGGUGUGCACUUACAGCAGUUAUCCACAAAAUAUAUUGCCUACAUAUUCUAUAUGAGUCAGAUAUAAGAAUGUAACAUAGAUAUUAUAAGAAACAUUAUUUAGAAAGAUUUAUUGCUUUACACUUUCACCUAAAAUGAACAUGUACACGAAACAAAACCAGCUUACUGAUAUGCAAUAAGAAGAAGCGGCACACACUAGUAACAGAAAAAUAAACUCGUCAGCAUCACCAUAACGUAUAAACAAUGUGACCAGGGAUCUUCGGGACUUUUUUUUGCGGUCUGAGCCCUUCUCACGACCUCUGUUCACUUCCUCCAAGAGGAACUGUGAAAUACAGAACUCAGCACUUUAAAACAAUGACAGUCCCCAACCCUCCCACCAACCUCAUCCACACAAUACCUCCACAACAUAGUUUCUUUGUGUGCAGUAAUUGAUUGUCACAUGUCCUAUGCAUUGUUUCCGAUGCCAUGUUUAAAACAAACAAAAAAAGAUGUAGUGUUUCCUGUUUCGAUUUGCUGUUCAAUAAACUGACUG